AUGGACGAUCUUACGGAUGCAUUGAAGGAUCUCACCAUCGAUCAAGUGCCCGUCUACCUGCUCAAAACGAAGUCAUCCCCAACGGACUCCUACGAGGAACACAUAUCCCAGCUCUCCAAUGGAAAAUACAGACCCAUCUUCGUCCCGGUAUUAGACCACAUCUUCCGAGACGAUGCCCUACGGACUCUCCGCCGCUCAGCUGAGCGUUUCGCUUUUGCCUCUGGAAGCGACGCCUCAGGUCUACGGAAAGCGACCAACAACCCAGCUAAGAAAUAUGGCGGAAUCAUCUUCACCUCCCAGCGAGCCGUAGAUGCCUUCGCCACCGUCAUAGCGAAGCUGGAUCCUGCAAAGCUCAAUGCUCUCUUCGACAAGGAUAUGCCACUCUAUGUGGUCGGUCCAGCAACAGCGAACGGCGUGCGAGCACUCAACCUCCCCUGCCCUGUUGUCGGAGAGCAGACAGGCAACGGCGAAGCAUUGGCCGACUUCAUUCUACAAUGGCACGCUACGUUGCCGCGAGAAGUCACGACUCUUGAUGGCCGCAAGCUCCCACUUUUGUUCUUGGUCGGCGAACAGAGAAGGGAUACCAUUCCCAAAGCUUUGCAGUCGGACGAGCUGCCGCCACUCGAACGGAUCCAAGUUACAGAAGUCGUAGUGUACGAGACAGGCGAGCUGGCGAGUUUCGAGGAGACCUUCACCGGCCUGAUCCGCGCGGCGAAGAAGCAGCGGGUCAAGGAGCAAUGCGUUGUUGUGUUCUCGCCACAGGGUUGUGAGGCAAUGCUGAGUGCGCUUGGGUGGCUGGAUCCGCAGUCUGGAAAUGUCAAUGACGGAUUGAGGGAGGUAAUGAGUGGGCCGAUGAAGACGAGCAUCGUCACGAUCGGUCCAACGACGAGAGAGUUCUUGGUGCAGGAGUUUGGGUUCGAGGCGGACGUGACUGCAGAGACGCCGUCACCGGAGGGUGUAGGGGCUGCGAUCUCAAAGGGGCCGGAGGAAUGA